AUGACGGUAGCUGCGGUCGCAUGGGACCUCUUCGACGAUUGGAGGGUCUCCUUCUGUCGAUCAGAAGUCAUAUAUCAGCUGCUGGACAAGGAUGGUACUGUACGAUUAGUUAAUGGACGUCUUGCUAGUGAAGGUCGAGUUGAGAUAUGUCAUAAUGGACUAUGGGGGACAGUAUGUCACGCUCACUGGGAUAAUACUGAUGCUGGAAUGGUUUGCAAACAACUUGGAUAUGGCAGUGAAGUUUUGCCUGACUUUGGAGAAGGAAAUGGUCUCAUAUUUUUAGACGGUGUCCGUUGCAGUGGAUCUGAGCGAUAUUUGAAUGAAUGUCAAAGUGAACCACUAGGUUCACAUAACUGCCCACAUAAACAAGAUGCAGGAGUCAUCUGUCGUGGAGCCAUACCAGUCCCCGGAGGCAGUUUUGGAACUUCAAAGGGUCCGGUGUUGUUAUCUGAUGUCCGUUGCUAUGGUAUUGAGAUUGCUAUGGCUACCAGUGGUGGUCAUUUUGGUGAAGGAAUUGGAGAUAUCUUUUUAGAUAAGGUUCAAUGUACAGGAGAUGAGACUAGUAUAUUUCAGUGUUUAUCAAAUUCUAUCAAUCAUAAUUGUCAACAUAAUGAAGAUGCUGGAGUGAUAUGUCAAGGAGAUUCAAAAUUGCAUGGUAAAAGUCAGAACUACUGA